UCCGCUGUAUCUUACGAAAGUCUAGUACCAUGAAAUUUAGUGGCAGGACAGUACUCUUCGUCGCGAAUUUAUUCGUCGUCGCGAGGCAACUACAUUCCGCUAGGAUCCUCGCAGUCAUCCCGAUGCCUCCCUUCAGCCACCAAAUUUCCGCUAAGCCAUUGUGGGUAGAACUCAACAAACGCGGCCACGAAAUUGUGCUAAUUACUUCGAAUCCACUACCAAACAUGAAUCUGACGAACUUCACACAAAUUGACAUCGGGGAAUCGCACUACGUUAACAGCGAGAUCAAUUUUAUUGAAGUUAAAUUCAAUCGCGUUUCAGUCGUGGAGUUUCUGACUGACUAUGUGCCUAGACUACGCGACGCGUUGGUACACCGUUUGCUGAACCAUACACAAGCGCGGAAGUUGUACGCGCCAAAUAGUGACGUAAAAUUCGACGUAGUCAUAGCUGAAAUGCUUUUUAUGCCAGCUAUAUACGCCUUUGCCCAUAGAUUUAACGCGCCCUUAAUAGGUUUCACCUCGCUAGGAAUAGCUGCUGCAAAUGAAUACGUUCUCGGUGGGCUCGUGCUACCAUCGCACGAGGGUACCUGGGAAAUGGAAGCUAACACAGGAUCGGAUUUGCCAUUUUGGAAAAGGUUACGGAACUAUGUAACCUUUUGGCAUUAUUUGUAUGUAUACUAUCGCGACUUCUACCCUGGUCAACAGAAAAUAGCCGAGGAGUACUUCGGCGACAUACCCUCGCUGCUCGAAAUACAGAAGAACACUAGCCUAGUGUUCGUCAAUCAAAUGGAAGGCCUCGCGGCAGCCAAACCGAAGCUUCCAAACAUGAUUUCGUACGAUCCAAGCUACUUCAACGAAAACCCAAAAUCACUGCCGCAGGAUUUGAAACAAUUUGUGGACGAUGCAACAAAUGGAUUCAUCUACUUCAGUCUGGGUAGCAACGCUUUGAGCUCCCAUUUACCAUCAGAAACCGUACAGCUUUUUCUCGAUGUGUUCGCCAGGUUGCCUUACAGAGUCGUGUGGAAGUACGAGAGGGAAUUGCCAACGAAAGCAGACAACGUGUAUAUCGCACCUUGGUUCUCCCAGCUGAGUAUCCUUUCACACGCGAACAUCAGGCUGUUCGUAUACCAAGGUGGAUUGCAAAGCAGCAGGGAAGCUAUUCACUGCGAAGUACCUAUUUUGGGGUUACCAUUGAUAGUAGAUCAAGAAUAUCAAAUUGGUCGAAUGAAAGCUGUUGGGGUCGGGGAGCGUCUGGAUAUUACUACUGUAACGAGAAACGAGUUAGAAAGAACUAUAUUAGAGAUUAUAAAUAAUAAAAAAUACAAGAAAAAAAUGAUCGAACUGAAAAACAUCGUUAACGACAUUCCGUACAAUUCGAUAGAGCGCCUUGCUUGGUGGACGGAAUACGUGAUUCGUCAUAGGGGUGCCCCUCAUCUUCGCACCAGUUUAGCUAAACAACCCUGGUACCAACGUCACGACAGUGACCUCGUAAUAUUUCUGGCGAUCCUACCCUUUGUAAUAGGUCUGAUUGUGGCCGGUAUAAUUAUUCGAUUAAUCGUGUCUUUCGAUAAACAAAAGGUCGACUAGCAUAUAAUUCAUUUGUUUGUUAUUUUUGUAACUAGAAUAAAUACAAUUUUACAACUUGUUGUGCAAUUUUUAAUAUCAUAUUCUUGUAUGUUUUUAAACAAGUUCUAAAACCAUAUUGUUUCAUAUGUUACCUAAUCAAUAAAUUAUCACAAAAUAUUUACGUACCUUUACUUUAUAUCUUUUGGGUUGCGAAAAAGAAACACAAUCAUAAAUGGAGUCGAAAAUGAAAAAAGUUUAACAAAUUCAAACAAGCAAUAUAAUAAAAUCGAAGCUCGAGUAAGUCCGGUAAAUUUGUUUCUUUUAUUG